AUGAUGAUGCAGUUUUUGCCUCUUACAGAAUGCGUACCACUGCUCGCGAGCCAAUAUGCUGCUAUCAAGAUGUCUAACACCGGAAUAGAAUACAGCGAGCUAAAUGACCGCACGAAAGGAAGCCACGACAGUCCGAGCCACACGUCCGAUACGGCGUAUGAAUCAUGCCUAAGUCCCCUCCAGCCGAACGAUAGUAGCAGCUUCAAUGCAAUCAAUGUGUGUGCUAUCUGCUGUGAUCGUGCCACUGGUAAACACUACGGUGCCGCUUCCUGCGAUGGAUGUAAGGGAUUUUUUCGACGGAGUGUAAGAAAGAACCACACCUACUCCUGCAGAUUCUCCCGAAACUGCGUGGUGGACAAAGACAAAAGGAAUCAGUGUCGGUACUGUAGAUUGAAGAAAUGCUUCAAAGCUGGCAUGAAAAAAGAAGCGGUUCAAAACGAGCGGGACCGUAUAAGUUGCCGCAAGCCAAGCACCGAUGAUAAGAAUACCAUCAACGGACUGUCGGUGAAGUUUUUACUUCGGGCAGAAAACUUCAGCCGCCACUUUGGGGCCGCCCUGGACGAGACGAACGAUGCGGAGGAGGCAGACCUGUCGUCAAAGCGCUUCGCCAGCAUUAACGAUGUGUGCGACUCGAUGAAACAACAGUUGUUGAUACUGGUCGAAUGGGCAAAAUCGAUCCCUGCUUUCGCCGAGCUGCAACUGGACGAUCAAGUCGCACUGUUGCGCGCGCACGCCGGUGAACAUCUGCUGUUGGGGUUGUCGAGGCGUUCCAUGCAUUUGCAAGAUAUGCUGCUGCUGGGGAACAAUUGUAUCAUUACGAAGCAAUGCCCGGAUGCGAACAUGUCUCCGAAUCUGGACAUUUCCCGUAUCGGGGCACGCAUCAUCGACGAGCUAGUGAGUGCCAUGAAAGAGAUACAAAUCGACGAUUCAGAGUUGGCUUGCAUAAAGGCACUAGUGUUUUUCGAUCCAAGUGCUAAAGGACUGAACGAACCCGCCAAGAUUAAAUCACUCCGGCAUCAGGUUCUAAAUAAUCUAGAGGAUUACAUAUCUGACAAACUGUAUGAUUCGAGAGGUAGAUUUGGAGAGAUCCUGUUGCUAUUACCAGUGCUUCAAUCAAUAACGUGGCAGAUGAUUCAACAAAUAGAGCUUGCCAAAAUGUUUGGUGUUGCACAUAUUGAUAGCCUUUUGCAGGAAAUGCUGCUAGGAGGUGAUGCUAUAGAUACCUCAUCGACGAUCACCUCACCGAUGAAUAUGAUGAACACCAACAACAGUCCAUCCCAUUCGUGUGAUACGACACAUCUCGCUUCUACCAUGGGCACGGCCGUGGACCAUGAAACGCAAGACCCUCUAGUACAAAUGUCGUCCCUAAACGGGCCCAGUUACGGUGGCGAUCCCGACAAUUUGCUCAUAUCGCCGAUGGACACGGUACCCGAUGGAAAUAGCUACUGUACCCGUAAAACUCCCGGACAAACGACACCCGAUCCAUUAAACAGACAACUACAUGGUCCGAGAAGCAGUGAUGGCGUUGACGUUCCGGCAGACGUUAGCUAUAUGCAACAGCAAACGCAUCAAGGCCAAACGCAGCAGCAACAUGUGACGACCAGCAGCUCGACAGAUGCGGCAGUGACGGUAGAGGACAUAUACUUCCACGCGCCAACGAACAUAGAUCCAUCGUCGUCGUUGCAGCUCGACAGCGACGUGGCGAUGUACAACAAUAACAAUCUGAGCUGUUGUCAAGGAGGGAUGAUCCAUACCGGCAAGGGUUGCGAGAUGGUGAAAAUUGAAACCAAACGGGAACCAGAAAAUGCAUAA